AUGUCCCAGUGAUUUUUCUCCAGGAUUGCGCACAACAGUGCCCUAGAGAUUGAUCUUCAAUUCUUGGAGACUCCAGGUCGAGCCGAGAGAGUUGGCAACACUAGCUCAGUGCCACCGAACGAGGCAUAGGCUGGAUUUCCCCAGAGCAAGAGAGAUCAAAACAGCAAAUUUUUUUUUUGAAACAACCCGGCGAGUCAAAUUUCAAAUGAGAGAAGCCGGGACCCUGAAUAUUAAUUAGUUGUAAGGUUGCUGUGCCGGGUAGAUGGAAAGCUGGUGAGAAGGGCAGUAGGACCCGGGGGAGUGAGUGAGUGCGGGCGGACCGGGCAGUAAGCCUCCCGGGCCGCGUUCUAAAGUGGUCUCGUGCUCCUGGGCCGCGUUCGAACGUGGUCCCGUGCUGCGUUCUAAAGUGGUCUCGUGCUCCCGGGCCGCGUUCUAAAACGGGCUGGUGCCCCCGGGCCGUGUUCUAAAGCGGCUUGGAUACAUUGUGUCGAGCGGCUGCAGAUUAGAUACAGUUUCGUUCAAGGCGGCUACAGUAGGUGACGAGGCCAUGUCCGGAGGAGCGAGCAAAGUUCAGAGUCAGCACGGGAGGUGGACAGUGUCGAGCAGCGAUGAGGAAGAUGCUGAGCCUGCUCGACAGACGGGAGGCCCCUUCCCACUUACACAGUCUGUCAGGAAAGACUAUGUAUCAGAUUCAGACGAGACGGUGGUGGACGAAGGAGAAUUUGGGGCUGCAGACUCUGGCCAGGGGAAUACCACAUCCAGCACCCACGGACCUCCAGGAUCCGGUCAUUCCAGGGAAUCCCCCCCGAGCCCUCAUGCAUCUGCAGCUAGGAAAAUAGGGCAGGAACCUGUCUCAAACCCGAUUAAAACUGAAGCGCCCUCCCCUGCGCUCAAACGGCUAAGACCGUCAUCUGAAUCGGGGUGGGGGGUCUCCAGCAGCGACGAGGAGCCUGACACCAAAGCAGAGGCGCGACAGGUCAAGGAGGAGCUGGUCGACCAGAGGAGCCCAGGUCCGAUGAAGAAGAAACAGCGCCCGGAAGGAAUGCACCAUCAUUGUCCCUCGGCGGGUUCAGCAGCUGCCUGGUCACCCAAACCGGAGAGCGACGAUGAGACCUUAGACAGGUGGGACGUGCUGGAGAAAGCCAAGUCCUUCGGUUUCUAUCUGACCAAAGUCUCUGGCAUCCCAGCCAAGGACAACUGUGGGGCACUUCAUAUAAAAGAUAUUUUAUCUCCGCUGUUUGGGACGAUUAAAGCUUCUGCUCAGUUUAAUUACUGCAUUGAUAUUCCUUGGUUGGUGAAGCAAUACCCAGAAGAAUUCAGGACAAAGCCUUUACUGAUUGUUCAUGGCGAGCAGCGUCAGUCUAAAGCAGAACUUCACGGGGAUGCACAUCCAUAUCCCAACAUCCGCCUCUGCCAGGCCAAGUUGGAGAUUGCCUAUGGAACACAUCACACGAAAAUGAUGUUACUUUUGUACGAAGAGGGCUUUCGAGUUGUGAUCCACACGUCCAACUUGAUCCGCGAUGACUGGCAUCAAAAGACGCAAGGGAUAUGGCUGAGCCCUCUGUAUCCACGGCUACCGGAAGGGAGUUCCGAAUCAGCGGGUGAAUCCAUGACUAACUUCAAACGUGACUUGAUUGAUUACCUAACAUCUUACCGAUCGGCUGGACUUGGUGAAUGGAUCGCUCACGUAAAGCAGCAUGAUUUAUCGGAAACCAGAGUUUAUCUCAUUGGCUCCACUCCCGGCCGUCACCAAGGAAACGAAAAGCAAAAAUGGGGUCACUUGAAACUUGGAAGGAUCUUGAGUGACCGCGCGUCACCUGUGGCGAAUCAGGAAUCGUGGCCUCUUAUUGGCCAGUUUUCCAGCAUCGGCUCUCUAGGAGCUGACGAAACAAAAUGGCUGUGCUCGGAAUUUAAGGAGAGCCUUGCGGCACUUGGCAAAAGCCAGAGGUCCCUGAGCAGCCAGCAGGUGCCUCUUCAUUUGGUUUAUCCGACUGUUGAGAACGUCAGAACAAGUUUAGAAGGAUACCCGGCUGGAGGCUCACUACCAUACGCCAUUGUUACAGCGCAGAAACAACCUUGGCUGUCCUCAUUCUUCUGUCGAUGGUCCGCCAAGCUCACAGGACGAAGCCAUGCCAUGCCCCACAUCAAAACGUACAUGAGGGCUUCGCCAGACUUUGGAGAACUCGCAUGGUUUGUAGUUACGAGUGCCAAUCUGUCUAAGGCUGCCUGGGGAACGCUGGAGAAAAAUGGCUUUCAACUGAUGAUCCGCUCAUAUGAACUGGGAGUCCUGUACCUGCCCAAGGCUUUUGGGAUAGAAACUGGUCGAUUCUCAGUACACCAAGGUCGAUUGUCAGACUGCAAAGUAUCAGAGAUGUCAUUCCCCAUCCCAUAUGACCUCCCCCCACAACGUUACAGCAGUAAAGAUCGGCCAUGGAUCUGGAACAUUCCAUACCUUCAUGCUCCUGACACCAAUGGAAACAUUUGGGCCCCUUCCUAACUUCUGGUCCUUGGUGCCGUGUUUAUUCAUUGUUCCCCAGAGGGAAGCACUGAACGAAGUGGAUUUUUAAAUUAGCUGUGCAGUUUAUAUCCUGACUUGCUGAGUAUUUCAGCGCUUGUUGUUUCUAAUGUAGGCCGUCCGUGUGUUUUUGCAGAAUAAAGUUUUCGAAUCAA